AGUGCGUGGGAAAGUUGCAGAUAGUAAACCUGCCACGUCUGCUAAGAAGGGAGUCAUGAACUUGCUAGAGGCCGUUGUCCUUAAGUCAUCGACUACGUGCAUUCUUAACCCUUUGAGGUCCGGGGUCCUUUCUCUGUGUUUGUAGGAACUACUUCCCUGCUCCAGCAACAUGAGGCUUUUUUUGUGGAACUCCGUCCUGACGCUGUUAGUCACUUCUCUGAGCGGGGCUCUGAUCCCCGAACCAGAAGUGAAGAUUGAAGUGCUCCAGAAGCCGUUCAUCUGCCAUCGCAAGACCAAAGGGGGGGAUUUGAUGUUGGUCCACUAUGAAGGCUACUUAGAAAAGGAUGGCUCUUUAUUUCACUCCACUCACAAACAUAACAAUGGUCAGCCCAUUUGGUUUACGCUGGGCAUCCUGGAGGCUCUCAAAGGCUGGGACCAGGGCCUGAAGGGAAUGUGUGUGGGAGAGAAGAGGAAGCUCAUCGUCCCUCCCGCCCUGGGCUACGGAAAAGAAGGGAAAGGUAAGAUACCGCCAGAGAGUACACUGAUAUUUAACAUCGAUCUCCUGGAGAUUCGAAAUGGACCAAGGUCCCACGAAUCAUUCCAAGAAAUGGAUCUUAACGACGACUGGAGACUCUCCAAAGAUGAGGUUAAAGUGUAUUUAAAGAAGGAGUUUGAAAAGCAUGGUGCGGUGGUGAACGACAGUCAUCACGAUGUUCUGGUGGAGGAUAUUUUUGAUAAAGAAGAUGAAGACAAAGAUGGAUUUAUAUCUGCCAGAGAAUUCACAUAUAAACACGAUGAGUUAUAGAGCAAUAUCUGCUUAUUUUAUAUAGCAUCCACCAUUAAAGAGAGGCCAGCUGUCUUUAAAGAAAGUCUUAUUUUUUAAUGUUGUUUUGUUCUGUUCUUUGUUGUUUUUUGUGUUUUUUUGUUAUUUUUAUGUAUUUUUCUGAAUGUUAUUUAAAGAACCCCUUGGAUUUCUAAGUACCCAUUUCUUUCUGGUAAAUUAUGGGGAAGAAAAAAUUGUACUUGUCUUUGACUAAGAAGAAUUCUGGACCAAUGUCUACCUUCAUAUAUGAAGUCUUGUGGCCUACUUACACUUUUAAACUAUCACAACCGGGGCCCUGCCCAACACAAGUGCAAGUGUAGCCUAAAGCAGCACCCUCGGUGUCUGCUCCCCUUGUUUCCUCUGAGUUAGACACUGACGUUUGCAAAGCCCGUUGCGGUCACCCAGAGCUUGCUGUUUCCAUGUCAUCAUGGAACAGUGUGUCUGCACCUGCCUUUGCGUUUCUGCCUGGACCAACAGAAAAAUGAUUGUUGAACUCUACUUGUUAACUGCUUUGCUGAGGAGAUGUGCGAUGCUGAAGCGUUGAACCAAGUUAACAGCUUACAACUGUGCGUGCAUCGAAUGUCCCGCCUAGGACUGAAGCUAUACAGGGUGCGGCAGAAGCAGGCGUACAGUUGUUUGUAUGGGAAAUAAUACGAUAAUUAACACAUAAUAAUAUGAGAAUGAUCUCUGUGUUUCACAUACUCACAACUGUAAACCCACUUUGCCCCCACCCUGUGGGAGGUUUGGUUCCUGAUUGCUACUGACUUUUCAUGGUAAAUAGAAUCAAUUGUUUAUAUGUGUUUCUUAAUAAAAUGUGUCAAAAUAUUGUAGUCGAGGUAGAAAGUUGUAUUUAGUCAGUGCUUACCUUUUAAGGCUCACAGAUCACCCUUCCUGGUGUUUAAUCAAUAGUCUAUAACUUGUGCGUUAUCCUAUAACAGCACUGUGUUGUGAUUAGUUAGCCAGUCAAAAUUUCCCUGUUACUGCUCCAUCAGAAAAAAGGCAGACCCACGGCAGCUGCUGUUGAAUAAGGUCUAUCCUGGGUCAAAAAUGUGAUGAUUUUAUUAUGUCUUCUUCAGUUGGCUUUUAUCCUUAAGAACUUUAAAAAGUGUGCAAAUCCCCGUUUACUAAGAAUAAGAAUAGUCUUGUAUCCUUUACAAAGUGAUCAUAGAUACACCAUUGGCUCGAAUUCUCAUUGACCUGAAGCCCAUGAGAAAAGCUGACGGAUCUUCACGCACCUGUUUUGUAGAUGAGCAAAUUGUCGUUCGAGGAGAUCAAUUGUUGUGGCUCAGGUCAACAACUAACUUGCCGAACCAUGUUUCAGUCCCCAAGUUCGUUAUCGCUCUACUACCCUCUACUAUUGAAAAGUAAAACUUGCAUUCACUGGGUCUAAUUUUCUCUUCAGUUUGCUUUCCUGUUUUUUGUCUUUGGGUCCUUAUCCUUUGAAGAUGCUUUACUGGCUAUUUCUGGUGCCUUAGAGUGCCCCCCUUGACCCAUACCUGGCUCUGGUGUUGCUGAACAAUCUUGGGGUCAGCGAUGAACUGCCUUAUUAAGCCCGGGUGUGGUAUGACGUUCCCGAUAUGUAUCUUAGUCUUUUCAUUCCUGUUUAGCUCUAGAUUUUUUUUUUGUUUUUCUUUAAAGAAUCAUGAACAACUCUUACAUCAUACAUAGACUUUCAGUGAUUAUAUAUUGUUUUCCUCGCUAACACCUUUCUCUGAUUAAAUUGGCUAUAGCUAGAAAACUCUUAAAAUCACUGCCAUUUUCCUCAACCUGGAAGAGUUGGAAGUCGCACUGCAGAAAGCCUCAUGGGGCAGGAGGAGAGGAAAGGAAGUGAGUAGCUUGUCACGUGGUGCUACUUUGUAGAAACAUCACUGGCGAUGCUCUCUAUGGCAGAGCAAGGAAAGUCAAAAGAAUUUUGAUCAUUCAGGCAGCACAUUUCUUUAUCUCGGGUGACUCUGUAUCAAUUCCCACAAAAACAUUUAGACACAAGUGUGAAAUGGAAACAUGUAAGUGGCGGCGGUUGUCUCUCUGUACCUUUUCAUCUGUGGGAGUAAUCAGACACAGGCCGCCACUCCACUUGUACGUACUUGGACUCAUUAAUACUGCUAGGUGUGUCAUUGACAUUUACACUGCCAUGUUAUGGUGUUCUUUUCAAAAUAAAGUCUAUUUGGGAAAUAACUGGUUGCGUGA